GUGGCGUUUUCCUCAGGCAAGUCACAGUGGAGCUCUCAUCAACUGCAUGGUCAGGAAGUGGUUAGCGUGUCACUCUCCGUGACUUGAUGGUGGUCCUCUUCGCCCUGCACACCCCCGGUCAUCCCGCAACUAGACUUGUGUCCGGACGGCAGACAUGGACUCGCCUCGGCCGCAGCGACGCGGACAACUUCAACCAAAGGAACGGAAGUAAUUUCCCGGAAAGAUGUCGGUCGUCGUUGUCAUUCUUUUGUAGAAGAACCGAGAUGGCAACUGUUGUUUUGUGACACCUCGGGCGAGGUGCCACACCUUCGCGUAGCGCAACAGGUAGGUCGAAACCGCUCCACCAAAAACCGGCCAAAUGGGGUGCCAUUGCUGCCGGAUGAUGAAAAGUUACAUGUCCGACCCCUCUGUGGCGGCGGAUGUGAGUAAGACGGACUCCCUCUACCGCACACACAGCCUCUCAGGCGGGGACAUUGGCGGCCGCCGCUCGCAGAUAGAAGACAAGGAGGGCUUCCACAACCUGGCCUACAGCAUCUCCAGUGACAGCAGCCUCAGACUCGAGGUGGACAACAACCACGUCAACCACAGGCUGCAUGCUGCGCCUCCGCCCGCGCUGGCCAGCGCCCCCCCUGCAGAGGGGGCCCUCUACAUCAUCCAGCCGGACGCUCUGGGGCCGCAAUGGGUGAUCCGGGACACGCGCCACAGUCAGGUACCGGUGUACAAUCAUAAGGUCUUUGGCGAAUUGAGACAUUGGGACAGCGUCAAUGCGGGUGGAAGCCUGUCGGCGGACGAGGUGGACGAAGGUGUAGGGGGGACACCGGAGUACCCGUGCGACACGGGGGACGAGGGCAGCGUCUUGUCCGUGGACAUCCAAACCAGCACCGCCAGCCUGUCGUCAGGCGACACCAAGUACGAGCGCAAAUGCAAGGCGGCAGACGUGUCCACCGUGGAAAGCGGCAUCUGCGUGACAAAGAGCGAGGACGAGGUGCAAAGUGUCAUGGACUCGAUGGUGGCCGAGGCCCUCGCCGCCCUCGAAGCCGCCACGGCCGGGGAGGACUGUGAGUAAGGGAUGCCCGUGGGACUGCAUUCAGAAGAAAACACGUUUACAAAGGACGAGUCCUGGUGUGCGAGGCAAGUGUGUCAACACUCCGGUCGUCCAGUGAAACCUUAGCGUUGAAUCAGCGUUUUCUUUUGCGUAGUGGACAGAAUCUUUAGGCCUUCGUUAGGAUUUUCGAAGGGCAUGACAAAGCACAAUUUUCUCAUUUUGCUUUCUACUGGUACGCAAAAGUUGCUUUGUAAGGAAGUUAACAUUUAAUGUGGACAACCUUCUUUCCUUGAAAUGAACCCUUUGAUCUGGGGGCCAUUUUUAGUAAUAAGGAGGACAGAGUGAACUGGGACUUGACUUCAACAACUGUAUGAUCCAAAUCCAAGGGAUGUGUUUCCUUCGCCAGCUCCCACAAAUGUUUGUUGACUCCCCCCAGACUUCCCAAACGACUGGCAUCACCGCCUAGGUGGCCGCUAAUGAGCACCUCCGGGCUCUGGCGCCUCAACUCCCAGCAGACAGAAGCGGCACAUUUUUAAGGCCGAAUGCAUUUUGUUGCGUAGUCGUGUUUAUUUGUGGCGCCGCUCCGCUUCCUUACAUUUGCAUUCGGCAUCCGGCCGUCAAUGUUUCACCGCCGCAGACAUUCUUAAUCAGUGACCGCGGACAGCAGCAAAUAGCCUGACAUGUCUGUGUUGUCCCCAGCUUUUAGGGGAGCUUACAGUAAUUGCGGAGCAUUCUCUGAGGAAGAAUGGUCAGAAAAGUACAAACUUCCGAAUUUAUUUCCCGGUUCAUCUGAUCCGAGCAAACCGAAUCCCAGACCUGAUACCUCAUGAAAUGUUCAACCUCUCCCUGCAAACAGACCCUGAGAGUUAAACAUUACACCCAUGUAAGCGGCGCCUGCAUGUAGUGGUGUACUGCAGUUGAUUGGUCCAGAAGGUCGCAGUGUUUCGGCGUUAAACAUUGACCAGGCUUCCCUACUGCCACCCCCUCCAAAUGUGCACCGGUGCCCAAACCUGCGUAAUGGUGCACGAUGAGAUUAGAUUUUGUCUAGAUUUUUUUUUUUCUUUGGGAAGAGCUGAAGUAAACAGUCAUGUGUGUGCAACAGGAGUCAAUAUUUGCAGCCACGCCCGCCCAGCCCUGACCUCCUGUGUUUGGCCAGAGGGAAGCUCAGCGCCGCGGGCGAGAUGGCGUCUCCUUGUGCGCUUGAACCACAUCGACACGGCGCUACAUGUUCUUUGUCUGCUCUCUAACGCUUACUUCUGCUGAGGCCUUUUUUUACUCAUUCGUAUACAAUAAAACAUUAUUGGUAUGUGACAUUUGCUAAAUGGUAGUGCGUGGCCGCAUUCAAUUUCCACAACACCAGUGUUUUUCAAGCACUGUGCCAUGAAAUACAGUCUGGUGUGCUGUGAAAGAUUAUGUAAUUUCACCUAAUUGGGUUAAAAAUAUUUUAUGCAAACCAGUAAUUAUAAUCCGCAAAUAAUGUGCCAUUGUUGAGUGUCUGUACUGUAUAGAGCAGGGGUAAGGAACCUAUGGCUCUAGAGCCAGUUGUGGCUCUUUUGAUGACUGCAUCUGGCUCUCAGAUAAAUCUUAGCUGACAUUACUUAACAGGAUAAGUAAUUAAUAAUUCCGGUGUUAAAAAUAAUGUUCAAAAUAUCAGUUUUCUACCGCACCUGUUCAAGAAGUUGCAAUGAUGGUAAGACGUAUUUUAUUUAUUUUUGGUUAGCUUCAGAAUAACAACGUUAUUAAAAAGAAUCAGAGACUUAUUAUACUCUAAAAAUGUUGGUCCUACUUAAAAAUGCACGCAUUUAGUUGUAGUCAGUGUUAAAAAAAAUAUUAUAUGGCUCUCACGGAAAUACAUUUUAAAGUAUUUGGCUUUCAUGGCUCUCUCAGCCAAAAAGGUUCCCGACCCCUGAUCUAGAGCUCAGCACAGUUACCGUGUAAUACUCUUCCAUAUCAGUAGGUGGCAGCAGGUAGCCAAAUGCUUUGUAAAUGUCGGUAACGAUGACUAAGGUUUGCCGUGAUCACAAUAUGCAGACAAAAUAAAUAAAAAAGGCGAGUGCCGCUAAGAAAAGGCAUUGAAGCUUAGGGAAGGCUAUGCAAAACGAAACUGAAACUGCAUAGUAAACAAAAACAGAAUGCUGGACGACAGCAAAGACUUACAGCUAAGAAAAGGCAUUGAAGCAUAGGGAAGGCUAUGUAAAACGAAAAAAACUGAACUGUCUGCAAAGUAAACAAAAACAGAAUGCUGGACGACAGCAAAGACUUACAGUGUGUGGAGUGGAGAUCUCCCGUUCAAAGGCAAAACCUAGUAACUUACGUCUAGCUGAUUUUGAGAAAACAAAGGAAAACCAAUCUAUCUUGAUGCUGUCUUACAAAGAUCUAAAAAGUCAUCAAACGUAUAGAUGUUUUCUUGAGCUUUCAUUUUCUUGGCAAUUGAGCCAUGGAUUGAAUCUGCUCUCAUGAACGUGUGCCCUUUCUCCAGAUAUUUUAUCACAAUCUCGGGUGGGCCCCAUUCUGCGUUUGCACAUUGGGCAAGAGCCGUGUACAGCAUCCAGUUUUUAUUUUGACCUCCACAGUUAUCUGCCCAAAAGAGUAUGCAAGGGGAAGAAUCAAGAACAAUACAUUUAAUGAAGGUGCUUGCAACGUCCUGGGCCAAUCUUCCAAAUAUCCCCUUGUGCCAUAAUAUCACAUAAUCAGGUUGACCGUCGGCCCCCAUUGGUGCAAAUGUCUCAUUAAAGACAAUAAGGCGACUGACAAAGAAGCUCCGAUUGGUCCCUUGAGAUACUAGGUUUUUCUGUUGUAUCUACGCGGUUAUGUGGUAGUUGCUAGGUCCUGCCAUGCGCGUAACAGCUUACUUACGGAACAAAUUACAAUAUCGCAUACUCUAAUGUAAAGCAUAUCACCUAGGAACUCCAAAAAUAUUAUCAGCUUAGUUUUGACCAAAAUUGAGUUACUGGAUUUUGCCUUUGGACGGGAGAGAUGGCAUCCACAAAAUACAUCCGUACAUGAGAAUACAGUCAACACUGUUCCCACAGAGAAGGAUAGUGUCUGCACAACUUAGUCUUAAUUGCUAAAGCAAAGCAGGUGCAGGGAAUAGCGCUCAAAGGAAAGCAUGGAACUGUUACAGGGAACUUCCAAGAAAACAGGAAAAGACACCAAAAUAGGAGCGCCAAACACUACACAGGAAAACACCAAACCCUCCAAAUAAGUCACGGUGUGAUGUGACAGUACACCUACUUUGAGACAAGAGUCAUAGUGAAGCAUGGUUGGUUAUGGUUUGAAUUCAUAUCAAACAAUUGCGAGAACGACUUUUUACUGUCAAUAUCGGCUGUUGAGUUUCAUUUUUUUAAUGUUUUCUGCUGGUGACGUGCCUUCGGAUUUUUUCAAUGUAAACAAUGUGCCUUGGCUCAAAUAAAGUUGAAAAACACUGCACUGCACGGAGAUCCCAAUAUUCCCCAACAAACAGUUCUGUGAGCUCUGAUAUGUAUACAUCUUUAUUUUUUUGUCAUUAAAUAAAAACACAGCAAUCAAUAAAACAAGUACAAA